GAAGUCUGGGUUGUGCUCUGCAUCAUUGUUGCAAAGCCCGAGAUAUCUCGAAAAGAAAAACUUUAUUGUCUAUAUUCUUCACACACACAUAAUUCAUCAUGACUCUUUCCAAGGCUGUCAAGUCCGUCGACGAACUCCCCGAAUGGAACUUCGACGGUUCCUCCACCGGUCAGGCCCCCGGUGACAACUCCGAUGUCUACCUGCGUCCCGUUGCCAUCUACCCCGAUCCUUUCCGUCUCGGUGACAACAUCCUCGUCCUGUGCGAGACAUGGGAUUCGGAUGGUACCCCCAACAAGUUCAACUACCGUCAUGACGCCAACCGCCAGAUGGAGGUCCACGCCAAGGAAGAGUUCUGGUUCGGUCUAGAACAGGAGUACACUCUCCUCGGUAACGAUGGUUGGCCCUACGGAUGGCCCAAGGGCGGUUUCCCCGGUGCCCAGGGUCCUUACUACUGCGGUGUUGGUACUGGCAAGGUUUACUGCCGUGAUAUUGUUGAGGCCCACUACCGUGCCUGCUUGUACGCCGGUAUCAAAAUCUCUGGUAUCAACGCCGAGGUCAUGCCUUCCCAGUGGGAGUACCAGGUUGGCCCCUGCAGUGGCAUUGAGAUGGGUGACCAGCUCUGGAUGUCCCGUUUCCUCCUCCACCGCGUCGCUGAAGAGUUCGGCGUUCGUAUCUCCUUCGAGCCCAAGCCCAUCAAGGGUGAGUGGAACGGAGCCGGUCUCCAUACCAACGUCUCGAACGCCGCCACCCGUGCUGAGGGCGGCAUGAAGGCCAUUGAGGGUUACAUGAAGAAGCUUGAGGCCCGUCACGUUGAGCACAUCGCCGUCUACGGUGAAGGCAACGAGGAGCGUCUCACCGGUCGUCACGAAACUGGUAACAUCGACAAGUUCAGCUACGGUGUUGCCGACCGUGGUGGCAGCAUUCGUAUUCCUCGCCAGGUGGCUAAGGAUGGCAAGGGUUACUUCGAGGAUCGUCGCCCCGCUAGUAACGCCUGCCCUUACCAGAUCACUGGUAUCAUCGUUGAGACUCUUUGCGGUGGCAACUAGAUACCUUAACUAUCCAAUAAAAACGUGAAGACUUUUCUUUUCCUCUUAGCGCUCGUAUACCCUCCGGCGUCAGUUGGGAUCGAACUAGGAGAGCAGCCUGGCAGUGUGAAGCACAUAUAGAUUUUUUUUUUUC